ACCUUGACAGAGUACGUAACAAUUUGAUAGUAGAUAUGGCUGAUAAAGUGGCUGUUGUGACUGGAUCUAAUAAGGGAAUAGGUUUUGGAAUUGUUCGUAAACUAUGCCAACGUGGAGUAGGAGUUGUGUAUUUAACGUCGAGAGAUAUAGAAAGAGGCACGCAAGCUGUGAACAAACUGAAAGAGGAGGGCUUGAAACCAGCGUUUCACCAGCUAGAUGUUACUAAUAAAGAAAGUGUGAGGAAGUUUGCAGAGCAUCUCAAAUCUAAACACGGAGGUAUAGACAUCUUAAUAAACAAUGCAGCUGUCAUAUCCAGUGAAGCGGAAACGACUUCGUACGAUGACGCAAAAUAUGUCAUAGAUGUAAACUACAGGAGUCAAUUUAAUGUUAUGGAGUAUCUAUUUCCGUUGCUGAAAAACAACGCAAGAGUCGUCAACAUUUCCAGUGAUUGUGGUCAUAUAGCGAAUAUAAAGAAUAAACUAUGGAUUAAGAGACUAACGAGGGAUGACUUAAAAGUUCAAGAAAUCGACGAAUUCGUCAAUUGGUUCUUGGAUUCGCUGAAAAGUGGCAAACUCAAUAAAGACGACUUUUUUACUCUAACACUGCUAUCAUACAGAGUAUCCAAAGUUGCAGUGACUGCUUUAACACAAAUACAACAGAGAGAAAUAGGAAGAAAUAUAUCUAUUAAUUCAAUACAUCCGGGCUUUGUGAAAACAGAUAUGACGUCAAAUUACGGACAUUUAUCGGUGGACGAGGCGAGUGAGGCGCCAGUAUAUUUAGCGCUGGAUUGCGAUCAGAACUUAAAAGGGAAAUACAUUUGGUUUGACAAGUCUGAGGUCGACUGGACUGACGUAAGCUUUGAAUACUUCGCAAAGCAUCAGGAAAAUCUGAAACUUAACGUAGAGAAGAUUUACCAAAAUAAAUAAUUGGAAUAGGUUUCCUGAAUGUUCAUGAUAUCAGCUUUAAUUUUCCUAAAUUUAUUUAAUUGCAGUCUUGUAAAAUCUAUGUUUUAACUUAUACUAGAUGUAAUUUUUACUAAU